CGCACAGUAUUAUCAUAAUAUGUGCGCAUCUGAGUCGUUUACACAGUAGUACACUCUCCUCUUCCCUUAUUUUUCUCACCUUAGUAGGGUUGCAGCAGAUAAACGCCACCUCUUUCUCUCUCCUCUUUCGCAGCCUUCUAAACUACUAUUCAACUUCUCUUUCUCUCUCCUCCUUCAACCAUGGGCGCUUCGCUUCCUUCUAAGGAAGCUAAUCUCUUCAAGCUCAUCGUCAAAUCCUAUGAAACUAAGCAAUAUAAGAAAGGAUUGAAGGCAGCAGAUGCCAUACUGAAAAAGUUUCCAGACCAUGGAGAGACUCUAUCCAUGAAAGGGUUAACUUUGAAUUGUAUGGACCGUAAACCAGAAGCAUAUGAGCUGGUUAGGCUUGGAUUAAAGAAUGAUCUCAAAAGUCAUGUUUGUUGGCAUGUUUAUGGUCUCCUAUAUCGCUCAGACAGGGAAUACAGGGAAGCUAUAAAAUGCUACAGAAAUGCCUUGAGGAUCGAUCCUGAUAACAUUGAAAUUCUGCGAGAUUUAUCUCUCUUGCAGGCUCAAAUGCGCGACUUGGCUGGUUUUGUGGAAACAAGGCAGCGACUUUUGAGCUUGAAGCCCAAUCAUCGCAUGAACUGGAUCGGAUUUGCAGUUUCCCACCAUCUAAACUCAAAUGCAUUAAAAGCGAUUGAAAUUCUUGAGGCUUAUGAAGGGACACUGGAAGAUGAUUAUCCACCUGAUAAUGAGCGAUGCGAGCAUAGCGAAAUGGUGCUGUAUAAGGUGUCUUUGUUGGAAGAAUGUGGAUCCUUGGAGAAGGCUCUUGAGGAGUUACAGCGGAAGCAACCCAAAAUUGUUGAUAGAUUAUCUUACAAAGAGCAGGAGGUUUCUCUUUUGGCGAAACUUAAUCGCCUGGAAGAAGCUGCUAAAUUAUACAGGAUACUGCUUUCCAUGAAUCCUGACAAUUACAGAUACUAUGAAGGGUUGCAAAGAUGUCUUGGACUGUAUUCUGAAAUAGGGCAAUACUCUGCUGAUGAGAUAGUGCAACUUGACGCCUUAUAUCAAUCAUUGCAGCAAGAAUAUAAAUGGUCAUCCGCUGCUAAGCGAAUUCCACUUGAUUUUCUACAAGGGGAUAAGUUUCAAGAAGCUGCAGACAACUAUAUCCGGCCUUUGCUAACCAAGGGAGUUCCGUCUUUAUUUUCAGAUCUGUCUCCACUGUAUGAUCAACCUGGAAAGGCAGACAUUCUUGAAAAGUUGAUAUUUGACUUGGAGAGUUCGAUCAGGAAAACAGGAGGUUAUCCUGGGAGAACCGAAAAAGAGCCUCCUUCUACCCUAUUGUGGACCAUGUUUUUAGUAGCACAGCAUUACGAUAGGCGUAGUCAGUACAGCAAUGCUCUUGAAAAAAUUGAUGAAGCUAUAAAUCACACUCCUACUGUGAUUGACUUGUACUCUGCUAAGAGCCGAAUCUUGAAGCAUGCUGGUGACUUGAAGGCCGCUGCUGCUUUGGCAGAUGAAGCUCGAUGCAUGGAUCUUGCUGAUCGCUACAUAAAUAGUGAAUGUGUCAAGCGUAUGCUGCAAGCUGAUCAGGUAACUUUAGCUGAAAAAACAGCUGUCUUGUUCACAAAAGAUGGUGAUCAGCACAACAAUUUGUACGACAUGCAGUGCAUGUGGUAUGAGCUCGCAUCUGGUGAAAGCUACUUUAGGCAAGGUGAUCUUGGACGUUCAUUAAAAAAGUUCUUAGCCGUGGAGAAGCAUUAUGCUGAUAUAACUGAAGAUCAAUUUGAUUUCCACUCAUACUGUUUAAGAAAAAUGACCUUGAGAACGUAUGUGGAAAUGCUGAAGUUCCAGGAUCGUUUGCAUUCACACUCGUACUUCCAGAAAGCUGCAUCUGGGGCAAUCAGGUGCUAUAUUAAGUUGUUUGACGCCCCUUCCAAGUCAGAAACUGAAGACGAUGAGGAGAUGUCGAAGUUGCUUCCUUCACAGAAAAAGAAAUUGAGGCAAAGGCAGAGGAAGGCAGAAGCACGGGCUAAGAAAGAAGCAGAAAGUAAAAACGAGGAAACAACUACAAGCAAUGUUUCUAAAUCUGGGAAACGACAGGUCAAAGCUGUGGAUCCUGACCCUCAUGGAGAAAAACUGUUGCAGGUUGAGGACCCAAUGAUGGAAGCUACAAAGUAUUUGAAAUUGCUGCAGAAAAAUUCAGCCGAUUCCUUAGAAACACAUUUGCUCUCUUUUGAAGUAAAUAUGAGAAAGCAGAAGGUUCUACUUGCGUUUCAGGCUGUGAAGAAUUUAUUGAGGUUGGAUGCCGAAAAUCCAGAUUCACAUCGCUGUUUGAUAAGAUUCUUUAAUAAGGUGAGCUCUAUGCCUGCUCCUGUCUCUGAUGCUGAGAGGCUUGUCUGGAACGUCAUUGAAGCAGAGCGUCUAUCUAUCAGUCAAGUGAAUGAAAAAUCAUUAAUGGAUGCAAACAUGUCGUUCCUGAAGAAGCAUGAAGACUCCUUGAUGCACAGAACAGCAGUUGCAGAAAUGCUCCAUCUUUUGGAGCCAAAUAAGAAGUCUGAGGCUGUCAAAUUGAUUGAGGAAUCAUCUAAUAACAUGUCGAUAAAUGAUGGCCCUGUCACACAGUGGAAGCUUAUGGACUGUAUUGCAGUUCACAAAGUCUUAGAAAAUGGUUUGGUUGAUAAGGAUGCAUCAACUAGAUGGAAGACCCGAUGUGCUGAAUAUUUCCCUAAUUCAGUGUAUUUUGAAGGGAGCCGGAGCUCUGCUGUCUCGAAUGCCUAUCUGAAUUCUGCAAUCCAAAAUUCUGAAAACGGUGCUGCAGAUCAUCCAGAGAUUAUUGGAUCAGUUGGAUCAAACGGGAAACUGGAAUCAUUUAAAGACCUCCAGAUUUAACAUACUGACUUCUGCUCAGCAGACUGAUCUACGAGUAUAGGACAUGCCUAUUUAAACAUGACAAGGUCAGAAAGUCGCAGAGAGAAGGGAUUGAUUGUGAUACUGUCGAGUCAAGGCAAUCUUUAUCCCGGAUGAUAUGCAAGUCAUACUUAAGUUAUCGAACUCAGAAGCCGCAGGUUCUAUUGUGCAAGUUUUGGUCCCCACGAUUCACGAUUAUCUAUAUGCCUUGCAAAUGUGUAUAAUUAGAUCCAUUAUGAUUAGUAUUUUUUUUCUUAAUUUUUCCCCACCUCAGCGCUUACAGUGAGAUCCUUGCUUUGGGUUGUGAUAAUGGUUGGGUCGCAUACUCUGCAUUUGGAGUUUGAUUCUUCUUUCCAAGGAACCCGGACGGAUAACAGAAGUUUUUGAACUACAGGGUUCCGUUUUGUGAUCUUAAAAAUGUGGUGCUCCAAAUUGUUGUAUUUCUUUUUGAGAUUUUUUUGAAAUUGUCUUGUAUAAACGCCAUAUUUCAUGGGAAAAUUUUGGUCAAUACUAUAAUUUAAGUAGGGUUCAUGUC